GUUCACGUGCCGUCGCAAUUUGCGUGUAGGGGGAGUGGAAAUGAUGGCGACUGAUGCAUCGGAGAUAAUGAUCCAAACAAACCCCAGUCCCGUCCCCGACAACAGUUUCACCACAAUGUCUCUUAAAAUGACCCGGAAAAACCAGCAUAGUCCCUGGAAAUUGAGACUUAUUUACCUGCAGUGCUAUUUCUUGAGCAUUGCAACCAUACUGGGGACUGGUAUCCUAGGUCUGCCAGUGACAAUUGCACAUGCUGGACUGCUGCCGUUCCUCAUCACCUUUCUCAUUGGCUUCCUCGUCCAGGGCCUUGUGAUCUACCUGUUUGUGGAGCUGCUUCAAAGAUGCCAGGUGGCGCAGGUAGAAUCGCUGAAGGGCGCCUCCACUGAGCAGAUUAUAAUGGAACAGGUGGAGGAAGGGGAGGUGGUGCCUGCAAGAGCAGCUCACACAGAAGAGGAGGAGGAGGAGGAGGUGGGGGACGAAGAUGAAGGGGAGAGUGCAGACACAGGCCUACUCACGCCCGAUGCAGAGGUGGAUGUCCAGAGCCAAGCCCAGAGCUUACAGCCCAACCUGCAUCUCCUGGGCCGUCUCUUCCUCAGCAGGCCCAUGAGCCAUGCCUUUGACUGCAUCAUCCUCUUUCAAUUUAUCUCUGUCGGAAUCAGCUACGUCCUGGCAGGCAGUGAAGCCUAUGCUGCUCUAUUCAACGUCAGCCACAUCUAUGUGAUCCCACUCUUCACCUGGAUCCUGACUCUGUCCAUCCUAUUGGCUCAGCUAAUAAUACAGCCAAUCACCUCCCUGCUCACCCUGUUCAAAGGACUCCUGCUCAUCGUCACGGUUGCCGUGACAUUUGUGGUGGGGUCAGAGGUGGGCCUGCAGAGCAGCGCUGACUUCAGCCAGAUGGGGAAGCCUUUCCUGAUGGGCACCGUGGCUCUGGGAGGGAUAGUGAACGUGAUGCCUAUGCUCUUCUCACAGAUCUCCCACAACAAGAACCAGAUCCUGUGGUUCAGGAGAGCUGUAUUAGCGGGACUCACCACAUGCGCUGUGCUCAACAUUCUCUGGUGUUGGGCCAUCCUGGAGAUAGUGCCCCAGACCACCUCCUCGCAGGGCUCAGUGGCGGGCGGUGCGGCACAGCGCUCCAACGCCAGCCGCGGCGGAAACGUCACCCCCUUCUCACCUCCACCUCCGGAGUAUUCCUACAUUUCGCUCGAGGCGUCUGAAAAUGCAGGAGAAAUUGCAACGAUUCCCCUGACUAAAAUCAUCAGGGAACAACACAAGGCCUACUGCUGGGUGUCAGAACUGAUCCAGAUCUUCAUCGCCAUCAGCAUCACAGUCUCUUUCCUCGUGAUGGGCUCUGCCAUGAAACACACUAUUGAUGGCCUGGUGAGCUCCUUUUGGACGGACAGACUGGAGGUCUUAUCGAAGGCCUGGGAGCGGCGCUUUUCCACCAGGCUGCAUGUCUUCUCAGCCAAGAGCCUUGCCAGUGGGUGCGUGUCAUUGCUGGCGUUUGGGACCAUCUUUGUCAUCUCGGCCUGCGAUCCAAGGGGUUUCGUUGUGAUGCUGGACAAGGUGGUGUCUUUGUUCCUCAACACCGAGGUGGGGCUGUUUGUCUUCGCCAUGCUACAGGCCUCCAAAGCACACCGGUUCCAACACCUCUCCAUUCCACUGCCGGUAAGCAGGCGGGUCUUCAGCCUGAGUUGGUUGCUUCCUGUCUACUUCCUGUUUGCCGUCGGUUACGACGUCCUGUUGACCCUGAUGGAGGUGGCCGAGAGCCUUCACAUCUACAAGCACGGCCCACUCAUGGCUGCCAACGGUAGCCCACUAACGCCAGCCAAUACUAGUUCUCCGUUGUGACUGUGACAGAUGGAGAUGGACAUGUGUGGGCGCCAUGGACAAAGA